UCUCUCUCUUCUCUGUUUCUUACUUUCUUGACUCUGUCUCUCUCUCUCCCUCUCUCUCUCUCUCUCUCCGAGGGUUUAGGGUUUAAGACUCUCCAAGAAAUUUGGAUUUACGCUAACAGAUUCUGAUUCAUCAAAUAGCUUUCGUGCAUGUGUGAUAUCCUCUAAGAUUAGCGAAUCACUCGAUUUCGAGAAAUUUCCCUGUAAAUUUUCUCUUAUUGGUUAUAAGAUUGGAACCACUUAGGCUUUGGAAUCAGAAUGAUCAAAUUUCAUCGCUUUAUCAAAUUAGAUUUCGCAUGAAAAGCUGACUGCUUUUUCCUACUUGGGUCUAAUCUCUUCGUUUCAAUUGUUUUUUUUUUUCUUUUUCUGAUUUUGUUUUCGAUUAUAGCAAAACAAAGUUGAAAGCUUUAUUCUACUCGGGUCUAAUCUCAUUGUCUUAAUCGGUUUUCUGAUUUUGUUUUCGAUUAUAGCAGAACAAAGCUGAAUCCUUUUUUUUCCUACUUGGGUCUAUUCUCAUUGUCUCUAUCGAUUUUCUGAUUUUGUUUUGGAUUGUAGCAAGAACAAAGGUCAAGGCUUUUCAUACAUUGGGUCUAAUCUCAUUGUCUCAGUCAAUUUUCUGAUUUUGUUUUGGAUUGUAGCAGAAUAAAGUUGAAGGCUUUUUUGGUGGGGGUUUAUGGCGCUUAAACCAAAGCCAAGAGCUGAAAUGGAUAUCUCAGAUUGUUCUGCAAAUCAACAACCAGAAGAUGUAAAAGUUGAUAUCUUGGAAUGUGGAAAUCAGAUGGAUGAGUUUCAAGAGGAAGAUGAGGUUCUGUGUCAUUCCUCUUCGAGUUCUUUUGGUGAUUCAAUGUGUGCUCGUGAUGAUGAUGAUGAUGGUUCUGGUUUUGAAGCCCAAUCGAUGCUGAGCAAAGACUAUCCAUUGCCUGAGACUUUCGGUGAUGGGACUGAGGUUUUGGGUUUGAAGAAGAAGAAGCUAACGGAUGAGUGGAGGCGGUUUUGUCAGCCAUUAAUGUGGAGAUGUAAGUGGUUAGAGCUCAAGGCUAAAGAAAUCGAGUCUCAAGCAAAAGGGUAUGAUAAAGAAGUUAAAAGUUACUACGAGAGUAAACAGUUUGAUCUUGACAAGUCGAAGCUGGAUGGCUUUGAUGGGAGAUCGAUUCCUUUUAACGACCAAACUCAAAGGAUGAGUGUUUUCAAGAGAGGAAGAAGGAAACGAGUGGAAGAGACAACAGAUGUUGCAGCUUACAUGUCUAGCCAUAAUGUUUUCUCUUAUGCAGAAAAGCGGAAGCCAACAACUGUUAAAGCUCCGUAUCCUGAUCCAGAUUCUGGUGCAGGCCGCAAAGCCAAGGGCAUGGAAGACGAACCUGAAGAUGAUUGUUUUGUUUCUGCGUUAGACUGUUCUGAUGAUUCCCUAGCAAAGAUUUUGUGUAAGAUUGAUGAGGCGCAGGACAAAGCAAAAAGAUUGAGGACUCGUGUUGAUCAGUUGAUGUGCGGAUCUCAGGCUGCUCAUACAUCACCGAUGACUCGAACUGUAGCUCAUAACCAGAGAGAAGCGACUGUGCAGAUUGGGAGGCAACGUGUAUCUGCUGAUCAUACGGUAGAUUUAUUGAUACCUCAAGCUCCUCCUGUUCAAGUCGAUGGACAAUGUUUGAAUAGCAACUCUCCACUUUCUGGAGGCUUAGGACUUCACACUAUCCUUGAAGAUCUGCUGAUGGAUGAACCAGAGAUCGAUGAUGAUGCAGAAACGGACGAAGAAAAGCUUAAAUAUUUCAAGAAGCUAAUGAAUGAGAUUACAGGCGUAGCAGAUGAAGAAGAAGAUCCUUCACCGGUCACUAAGAGGCAGAGAACCUCUCACUGAAGCUCUCUCUCUCUAUCUGUCCUCUAUGUACAGAGCCUCAUCAUCCUGCUUGAUCAGGCAAAAACCCAUAUCCAUAAAGCUCUCCCAAAGUAGUAAUAUUUGGUAUAUUCAUGUUCAUUCUUUAUCUCUCCACUAACUCUUUGCAUUUGGCUUUUGUGAGAAUUAUGAGACCACAAUAGGUUUCAGGGUUUGUGCAUAGUUAAGUGACUUAGAAUCGUAUUAUCAUAGGCUAUUUUUCCUUGUUCUAUAUCAUAAGACCCUUUCUGAUUCAUAAAUUCAAAUCUUUGAGAGCUUUUCUUGUGGAGAAUUCAUGUGAUUGUUGUGCACAAUAAUCCAUAAACAUAAGCACGCGGAUUAAGUGGUUGUAAUUAAACUAAAACAUUGUGUUUGAUUCUAUAUUAGUAAAUAGUUAAAAUA